AUGGAGCCGUCGGAGGGUCCUCUCCUGCCCCCCAUCAAGGGGACCGCGGCGGCUCUCAUCCCCCCUGCUCGCCCUUGGAGAUCCGGAACGGCUCGAGCGGCACCGCCGCCUAGUGUAGGUAAAAUAAAGUGGGAUCCUUAUGAGUCGACAACGAAACAUGAUUUUGUCUUUAAUCCAGCAACAGAACUCAAUGCGGACUGUGCCAGAGCAGGGACAGGACACGUCAUUCCCCUCCAAGUGAAUGAACCAACUGGGAGGAAUACUUACCAAGAUGAGUUCUACUGGAAGCCUUUUUCAAAGGCAGAACCUAUAAGGAGUGGCUCUGCAUCCGGAAGUAGAAGACACAACCCUCAGCCUGGAGACCGUUUCUUGAUUUGGAGGAUGCCCCGGGAAGAAGCUCCAUUACCCACAGAAAGUAUAUCGCCUUGGACUAAACCUGUUACUGUACAGGAUAUCGAGGAAACCAUAAAAAAACAGUACCGAACAGUAUAUGCUAGAGAUUAUUUAGGGAUACAACCAGGUGCUCCAAAGGACUCCGCUCCUUCUGCUCCACCAGACUGGAAAAUGUUAGCCCCACAGCCUCCAGAUACUGAGUUCAGGCGUCAAUACCAGCCACAAGCCCAGGACCCUGACUUAAAGGACUUCACCUGGAAAUAUGGAUGUCAUGCAAAUCGCCAUAUGCCAGUGAGAGGCGCUGUUCCUUCAGUGUCGUUCGCUCAGAUGUUGAACCAAGAAAAAACUAAACAGCUCUCUACAUACCAAAACGAUUUUGGGAAAGAGUAUCAGGAUCUCAUAUCAGUGUUGAAUACUCUAGAUCCAGAAGAAGUUAAGGCCUAUGUGGAAAGAGCUCCUCAUCCUGAAAAAAUCAUCCUUCAGAACUUCCUUGACAAAGUCAACUGGAAUAAGAAAGCAGAAAGACCAUCCUCCUCAAAGAAGCCAAGAGAUCAUCCCAUGAAAUGCAUAUGA